AGAAGGAUGAAGAGGAGUGAACUCUUGGUCCCCUCGCUUCUCAAGGAUGAGGCUCUUGUGGCCUGAGCCAAAUCUUUCUCAGAGGUAGAGGGUCUCUGAGAGUGUGGGUGCAGAAAUACUACUCGGCCUGCGGAACCCAGCUGAAUUUCAGGAUGACAGACACUUCUGAAGCUGUUCCCAACUUUGAAGAGAUGUUUGCCAGCAGAUUCACAGAAGCUGACAAAGAGUACCAGGACUACCUGCAACGCCCUCCUGAGCCCCCGCCGGUCGUCGAGGAAUGGACUAGCAGAGCUGGUGGGAACCAGAGGAGCAGAGGCAGUCGGUUGCAAGAUAACAGACAGUUUAGAGGUAGGGAUAGCAGACGGGGGUGGCCAAGUGACAAUCGAUCCAAUCAGUGGCACGGACGAUCCUGGGGUAACAAUUACCCGCAGCACAGACAAGAACCUUACUACCCCCACCAGUACGGACACUAUGGUUACAACCAACGGCCUCCCUAUGGUUACUACUGAUGGAAACGUCAGCAGCUUUUUGUGAAAUCAUUUCCUCUGUUAACAUGACAAGUUUGUGUGUAUCUUCUGUUGGUCAUAGUUUUAUAUCUGAUUUCAGAGAGUGGAUUAUAAACUUUUUAGAACUUGUGACUUAAAA